CGUCAAGCUUCACCAGCAGGACCCCCUCCCAGGUUUGGUCUCGUAUCCCAGUUGUGAACACCCAGUCAAACGAAGCGGGGAUCUUGUCAAAGAAGCCAGCAUGUCUUACUACGACAUUGAUUCCAUUCUCACAGAUGCCGAGAAAGUCCCCUGCAAAUUCGAACUCGAUGUUGCCGACCUCGGAUACCUCGACAAUAACCCCUCGCAUGCUCUGAAGGCAGGAACCAAUGUCAGCCUCCCUCUCUGGCUCGCCGAGAUGCUCGCCCUUGCCAAUGCAGGUACCGGCGACGACUCCAAGGCGCCCGUCACCUUGAACCUUCCUCCCUCACUCUCGAAUCAAGUCGUACAAGCACUCAAGGCCGAUGCGCGCUCGGUGCCGGUUAGAGACCAGAGCGCCCACUUCUACGGACUCGGCACUCGCAUCCUGGAUCUCUUUGACGAGCGCGAUCUUAGCGAUACCAUGCGAAAGACGUUCAUAGCGCGCGCGUCUGAGAUCGCAUUGCACGCCCGAAAAGGAGGAGAUGAUGGUGUUGGAGGCUCCGGCGAGGAGUUCCUCCGCGGUCUGGACGAGUGGGAGCGAGUACUUUUCCGAAAAGCUCACGACGGCACAAAGGCUUCCAAGGAAUGGAUGGACAAGGUCAAGAAGCAUUGAGGAGCCAACUACGCUAUCGACUCAUAUUUCAGACGCAACGACAGCGCUACGGUCACGUCCUGGCUUGCUUUCGUUUGCCAGCAACUGAGGACGGCUACAGGUAGUCAUUGCCACGGAUGCAUAGUCUCCAGAUCUGCAGUUAGCCUCUGGCAGAGACAACACGCUGGAUCAUUGAGAACAUGCUCCCGUCGCUUCCCUCCGACGACAUGGCCCGCUUCAGUCGGCGCAAAGGCGGAGACCGACGCAGCCAUGCCAGCAGCGGGCUUUGAAGAGAUGGGAGGCACCAGUGCGCACUGAGGGGCUGCCACGCGAGACUGCAAUAUUUCAGGCACAGCUAUCAAAAAUUCGCGG